CAUCAUCCAUGUACAAUCCCGUUGACCUGGUAAGCGGUUGAUCCCGUUUGACAAGACAACAGAACUGGAUACGACGGAAUACUGAUGCAGUUUCGUGGAUUGCCAAAGUAAACACAGUGAUCCUCUCAAGAAGUGCAAGGUUAAGGAACUGGAUGUUGUUCGCUGGCUUAUAAGUAACAUCGGAUAACAUGGAAGAUGUCGUGAUGAUUGAAAUGCCGCCGACAUAUAAAUUGACAAGUGGCAGAUGCCGUGUACAGUAUACGUACACUCGAUGUUAAUAGUCGGUGCACACUCACAGGAUAUGCCGGUUUUAGCCCUAUAAAUAGAAAUUCGCCACAUUUCUCCGCAAAACAAAAGAUUCACUCUUCUGCGACGUCGUGUUUUGGGUUACUCCCGUUAAUGCCUGUUCAUAUCCAACGGAACAAUCUUUCUGUCUCCGCUAUGAUAAUCAACAGUUUGUGAGAAACUCUUAUCAUCAACGACGAUGCAGUCUAGACUUUCAAAUUGCCUCGUACCUAUAAUAUUUGGAUUAUUCUGUUGCACAUGUCCCGCUGUGACCGGCGGUGAUAUAUUAACGGGACAAUCAGCAUUCGGAGAUUACACCCAGGAUGCACCGGGCGUCCGGCGGAAAAUAUUGGCCACUGAUUUGCCUCCUCCCUUCACUUCCUGGGUAGACACCAGCCAGCCAUUGAUUCCGCGGCCAGAAAAUGUUUUCCCCCAAGUCCCCAAGGAUUUCGUUGUGGAAUUAUUCGCCGAUGAUCUCGAUCAUCCGCGGCUGUUGCGCACCGCUCCCAACGGCGAUAUUUUCUUAGCCGAGAGUUUUGCCGAUAAGAUUACACUUUUCCGUCGCAACACGACAACCGGGCAUGUGGACAAAUUUGUCUAUGCCACCAACGAUACGGGACUGCAGUGGCCGUUCGGAAUAGCGUUCUAUCCACCUGGUCCAAAUCCCACUCACAUCUAUGUGGCCAAUACGGCCAACAUUAUCCGGUUCAAUUACAGCAACGGCGAUGUGGUGGCCAGGGGCCCAGGUGAAAUAGUCACGGAACAAAUUCCCAGCGGGAGGAUGAUUCUGCUGACCGGCGGAGGCCACUGGACGCGAGAUAUUGCCUUUACGAAGGACGGUCAAGCGAUGCUGGUAUCGGUGGGAUCGCUGACUAAUGUGCAAGCCAAAGCCGAUGAUAAUGAAACGGAUCGGGCGAUGAUUCUGCGUUUCAACGUCAACGGUACCAAUAAGACCCAAUAUGCUACCGGUAUUCGAAAUGCCGUUGGCAUUGGCAUUCAUCCCGAAACCGGCGAUUUAUGGGCAUCCGUCAACGAACGCGAUGGUUUAGGUGAUGAUUUAGUGCCGGACUACGUUACGAGAGUCAAAGAAGGUGAAUUCUAUGGAUGGCCAUGGUUUUACAUGGGCAAGAACAUUGAUCCCCGACAUAACAUCACCAGCUACCCUCCGGGAAUGCUGGAAAAAUCGCGCAUACCGGAUGUGCUAAUUCAAGCACACAGCGCCUCUCUGCAGAUGUCAUUCUAUACCGGAAAAACAUUCCCUAAAGAGUAUGUGAACGACGUCUUUGCAGCACAGCAUGGAUCAUGGAAUCGCAAGAAACUCACCGGGUAUAAAGUGGUUCGUGUGCUGGAAGAAAACGGCCAAGCCACCGGCGUGUACGAGGAUUUUGUUACCGGUUUCGUCACGCCGGAAGGUAAAGUGUGGGGCCGCCCGGUCGGAGUGACCAUUGCCCACGAUGGAUCGCUGCUGAUUUCGGAUGAUGGGUCAAAUUCGAUUUGGAGAGUAUGGUACAACGGCACGGAUACAAACGGCUGUUUAGCACAAUAUUGUAGUAAUCGACACGUGAUUGUGAUUUUCUUAAUCAUGCUCUUGGCUUUUGUCCGCAGUCAGUAAAAAUCUAUGGAAUAUGUAAAACAGGAAAUUAAAAACAACUACCACUACCAAGUGGGUACGGCAAACGGAGAAAGCGCACAAGCAGCUGUUGACCUUGACUUUGAACAAAGUAAAGUGUAAAUUCUGCAAUGUAAUUAAAAUAAUUCUUAA